AUGUCAAAGACGCCGACUGACUGGAUGAUUUCAGGAUAUCCAAGAUGGGCCUACCGACUCGAUGAGGUUGAUCGACAAAUAGCAAAUAUCGAUGCCAUUGAUUCGGUCACCUCUCCCGAGGUUUCGGUUUCUAUAGGACCGUUCGGUGUCUUUCAUGCUCGAGUGCCGACUCUGGACGAAUUGCAAGGCUCCGAUUUGGACGGAGCAUGCAUACCUCAACUGAGUAUCCGGGCCCCCUUGGUAGAUCCCUGCCAACGCGACAGCUCUCCACGACAAGAUUUCACGGAGACAGAACCAUUAACCGUGAGGCAGUCACCCGACGGUCUCAACGGCCAACUCCAACUGUUACCGCGAAGACCAGAAGCUUCUCCGGUCCCUUAUGGUCUUAAUUCGAGUCUUUUUGGGGAUCCUGUCAUUCAUCGACUUAUGGACAACUACAUCCGUACGGUCGCCAAUCUCCUUCCACCAUUGCCGCAUCCUGAGAAUCCAUAUGCCUCGAUAUAUGUGCCCAAGGCCAUGCAUGGGGCUUCCAAUCUCUUGUUGGGUGUGGGAUACUCUGCCUCGGAGGUACCACCGAGCAAUGUUGCCAUCUUUUAUGCGCUUCUGGCAACUUCUGCGUUUCACCUGCGGGGUGCUGAUAUGCACGGUUCAUCGGAACUGGACCUCACGGCGCGACAUUUCCGCGCAAAGGCCUUCGCUUCUCUGCAGAAAGCCUUGCAAGAACCCCUUGGAGGCGGUGAAGACCAGGCGUUAGGCAGCUCCUCUUCGGCUUCGCCCUCACAAGGGGAAGCGGUCAUCUCAGCAAUGCUGACUUUGAUUACUACGGAUGUGAUGGAAGGUUCUAUGAGCGAAUAUUGGAUCCAUCUCGACGGAGUCAAUCGGUUUGCCCGGCAGUUGCGCAGUGAAGUGGAAGAGUCAUCGCGGAUCGAUCGAUUGAUUGCCAUCUCUUCAUUCCUUUCGACCUUGGCGAACACGACCUCUAUCAAUUUGCUGCCAAUACCUUGGUCGGAUGACGGCCUCGUGGUGCCCGAUUUGAGCUAUUCCAACUCCCUGGUCACGGAUGGACUGGAGUUCGCCUAUGGUAUCACACCCACGCUGGCCAACCUGAUGCGGCGAGUUGUUGUGCUGUCCCAGCACAUCUCCUACUACGUCUCGAAUUCCCUCCCAUUUCCUCCGCGUUUGAUCUCGGCGUGUGUGAGUUUCUCCGAGACGCUCUCACAAUGGUCAAUCGACUCAGAGCCACUGUCCGAUCUCCUAUCUGGCACAGAAGCCGACAUUGAUGUCGCCCUUCUACUGGCCAAGAAUCAUAUCCUGGCCUUCGCCCAUGCACUCAGAGUAUAUUAUCAUACUCGCAUCCUCCCAUGUCCACCUGCCGAUAUGCAGCUAUAUGUCGACCGCGUGGCAAGUCAUUUGACGACCAUUGAGGAGAUCAAGGCUGGAGCCGGCUACGACUCCAACAUUGCUGCUACCAUCACGUGGCCAGGCUUCAUUGCCUCUUGUGAAGCCGAGAGAGGUCGCCCGCGCGAGGUUUGGUACCGGUGGUGGAACGGGAUGAUUAAGUAUCGGAUCGGCAAUAUUGCGCACUUGUGGAACAUUGUGCAGGAGGCGUGGAGGCUAAAGGACGAAGAGGGAUCAGCCGAGGUUCCUGCCUGGAUGCCGGUCCUCCGCCGCAGUGGACAGCGCAUCCUUGCAGUGUGA